UAGGGUUUAAGAGCCCCACCAUCCCCUAGAGUAUUUUCCUCUUGUUUUAUAUGCCCUCACACCCAUAUAAAUACCGCCUCUUGUGCUCCAUCCUUCUCACCUCCAUCAAACCAUCAACCUUAUAAGUCUUUAGUAGUGUUCUUCUUUCCUACCGAUCAAACUCAUUGAAGUAACAAGCCAAAGACACUUCCUGAAAGAACAUGUCCGGGGUUUGGGUGUUCAAGAACGGUGUGUUUCACCUGGAGAAUCCUCAGGCGGAGUCGAAUGGGCAAGGGGGCACCGGCCAGCGCAAGGUGCUGGUGUACCUGCCCACCGGCGAGGUUGUAUCGUCCUACAACUCGCUAGAGAGGAUUCUGAGGGGGUUGGGUUGGGAGAGGUAUUAUGGAGGUGACCCAGACCUCUUCCAAUUCCAUAAAAGCUCUUCCAUUGACCUCAUCUCUCUCCCUAGAGAAUUCUCCAAGUUCACCUCCAUUUACAUGUAUGAUCUGGUUAUCAAAAACCCCAACAUCUUCCACGUUAGAGACUAAAACCAGUCAUAUAUAGCUUUUCUACCAGACCUAUAAACCCCUAGCUAGCUGUCUCUUCCUUAACCUCAUCAUCAUCCCUGUUUGGCUACCCC